AUGGUCGGAGCCCAGUGCCUGCUCAGAAGGAGCGAUGGGCCUCCCGCCUUUGCUGUGACUCCGGCCUGGGGUGCACUUAGAGGGCAGGACCUGCUGACUUCCCCCCUGCAUUGGCCACACCAGUGCAGAAGUACCUCCUAUUUAACAGACAUUGUGUGGUGGGCAGGAACAAUUGCAAUGGCUGUUGGCCAGAUUGGAAACUUCCUGGCUUACACGGCGGUCCCCACAGUCCUGGUGACUCCUCUUGGCGCCCUUGGAGUGCCAUUUGGGUCCAUUUUAGCUUCUUACCUUCUGAAAGAAAAGCUCAACAUCUUGGGCAAGUUGGGGUGUCUACUAAGCUGUGCGGGUUCUGUCGUGCUGAUUAUCCACUCCCCGAAAUCUGAGAGUGUGACCACUCAGGCCGAGCUGGAGGAGAAGCUGACCAACCCAGUGUUCGUAGGCUAUCUGUGCAUCGUGCUGCUCAUGCUGCUGCUGCUGAUCUUCUGGAUCGCGCCGGCCCACGGGCCCACCAACAUCAUGGUCUACAUCAGCAUCUGCUCCUUGCUGGGGAGUUUCACCGUGCCUUCCACUAAGGGCAUUGGGCUGGCAGCCCAAGACAUCUUCCACAACAAUCCGUCUAGUCGGCGUGCCCUCUGCCUGUGCCUGGUGCUCCUGGCCGUGCUUGGCUGCAGCAUCAUCAUCCAGUUCAGGUACAUCAACAAGGCCCUCGAGUGCUUCGACUCCUCUGUGUUCGGGGCCAUCUACUACGUUGUGUUCACCACACUGGUCUUGCUGGCCUCGGCCAUCCUCUUCCGGGAGUGGAGCAACGUGGGUCUGGUGGACUUCCUGGGCAUGGCCUGCGGGUUCACCACUGUCUCCGUUGGGAUUGUCCUUAUACAGGUGUUCAAAGAGUUCAACUUCAACCUUGGGGAGAUGAACAAAUCUAAUAUGAAAACAGACUAG